GAUGUCACAUGACUGCUCUAGGAAGUGUCUUUUGACAUAAAUAUCGAUGGAUGCGAUCUUUCAUCGAACUCGACUGUCGAGGGAGAAGGAGCUGAUCUGUGUUGGACCAGAGAAUGUGGAAGGUUGUGUGGGCAGCACUGCUGCUUCUGGCCACCGUGUGUGUCCAGAGAGGCUAUGCCAAGGAGGCCAAGGGAUCACAGAGCCUAGGGCACGUGUCAGUGGUCAUAGUGGGAGGUACAGGUGACUUGGCUAAGAAGUACCUGUGGCAGGGCUUCUUCCAGCUGUACGCUAACCAGGUCAGUAGCGGCUACAGCUUCUCCUUUUAUGGCGGAGGCCUGUCGCCCAACGAUAAGGCCACGCCGAUCCUGUUUGAAGUGCUGAAGGGAGUGGUCUGUCCUCGGGAGUUGUCUGUGGAGCGCUGUGCCCUGGUGAAGGAGCAGUUCCUGAGGCUGGCUGAGUAUCGGCAGCUGAAUACUUCAGAGGCCUACCAGGCCCUGGGCAAACACCUGACAGAGCAGCUGAGGCAGGAGGGCAUAGUGGAGGCAGGCAGGCUGUUCUACCUGUCAGUGCCAGCCUUCGCUUAUGCGGAGAUUGCAGAAAAGAUCAACAACAGCUGCAGGCCGACCGACGGGGCGUGGUUGAGGGUGGUGCUGGAGAAGCCAUUUGGCCAUGAUUUCAGUAGCGCCCAACUCCUGUCCACUCAACUGGGUGCCUCCCUCAAAGACAACGAGAUGUACAGGAUCGACCACUAUUUAGGGAAGCAGGUUGUCUCUAAGAUUUUGCCAUUCAGAAGGGAGAACAGCAAGCAUCUGGAUCUUAUCUGGAACAAGCACCACAUUGAGAGAGUUGAGAUUGUACUGAAGGAGACCCUGGAUGCCAAAGGUCGCAUCCCCUUCUAUGAACAGUAUGGCGUGAUCAGGGACGUGAUACAGAACCACCUGACUGAGGUCAUGACCCUUCUGACCAUGGAGCUCCCAUCCAACCUGAGCAACACUAAGGAGGUCCUCAAGAACAAGCUGAAGAUCUUCAGUGCCUUGCAGCACCUGGACAGGAACUGUGCUGCCAUUGGUCAGUACCGGGCCUACAAUGCAGAGGUACAGGAAGAACUGAGCAAAACAAAGGAGUACUUCAGCCUCACCCCCACCUUCGCUGGUAUAAUGGUGCACAUUGACCUAGCCCAGUACGAGGGCGUGCCAGUCAUUCUGACCUCAGGGAAGAUGCUGGAUGAGCGCGUAGGCUACGCUCGCAUUCUGUUCAAGAAUGACAUCUUCUGUAUCCAGAGCCACAGCAGCGUUCAUUGCAAGCCCAAGCAGAUUGUGUUCUACUUUGGCCACGGCACUCUGCAGUACCCAGCCAUUCUCGUGAGUAAGAACGUGUUCAAGCCAGACUUGAUGGACACUGAGUGGAAGGAGGUAACAGAACACAAAGAUGUCAGUGUAUUAGGUUUGCCCAUCUCAGACUACUACGUGCUGACGCCAACGGUGGAGAGGGAGGCUUACGCAGAACUCAUUUUGCACAUCUUCCAAGGCCGAAAGGACAGCUUUAUCAGUGCUGAGAACCUGCUGGCCUCCUGGAGUUUCUGGACACCUCUCCUGCAGAGCCUGGCCGACACCUUCCCCCGUCUGUAUCCCGGGGGAGCGGACAAUGGCAACAUGCUGGAUUUGAAACUGUUGGGACGGGAGGUGACCUUCGCCAAUGAGGCGGUCAUGGUCACCCAGGACCACAUGGCCGGGUCUGGGACGGAGAGCUUCCAGGUGAUGCAGGGGAAGUACCGCAGCGCUGACAUGGUGUCUGCCUGGCCCGAGGAGCUCAUCGUGCGGCUGGCCGCAGACCUGCAGGUCGCAGCGGAGAACGCAGUAAGGGAGGGCGGACGCUUCCACCUUGCCCUCUCCGGUGGCUCCAGUCCCCUAGCUCUGUUUCAGAGGCUGGCCCAUCACCACUACUCCUUCCCCUGGAGGGACACCCACGUGUGGAUGGUGGACGAGCGAUGCGUGCCUCUCACAGAGUUGGACUCCAACUUCCGCACCCUGCACGACCACCUGCUCCAACACGUGAAGAUGUCCUACUUCAACAUCCACCCCAUGCCGGUGCAGAUGAACCAGCGGCUGUGUGUGGAGGAGGAUAGUGGAGCGCUGCUCUAUGAGAGCGACAUCACCCAGUUGGUUAAUGCUUCCAGCUUCCACUUUGUCCUGCUGGGAGUGGGCUACGACGGCCACACUGCCUCUCUGUUCCCAGGCAGCAAACUAGACGCACGUGGGAACAGUCUAGUAGCCUUCACCGAGAGCCCAGCCAAGCCUCACCAGCGUAUGAGCCUCACCCUCAAGGCUAUCAACCAGGCCCAGAAAGUAGGUGUGCUGGUGAUGGGUAAGAGCAAACAUGAGCUGGUCACUCAGCUCAGCCGAGUCAAGGACAACCCAAAAAAUUGGCCCAUCACUGGGAUCCGGCCGACCAGUGGCAGGCUAGUAUGGUACAUAGACUAUGAUGCUCUUUUAGGAUAGGGGAUACUGUAGCAAUGAAAUGAUGUACAUUUAAAUUGAUUAAAUUAAUGAUUUGCUGUAGUUUUACUCUUUUGCUGUAUUUUGACCAAGAAUGUAAAGUAAUGAUAAAGUUCUGUUGAUUCCGUGCACCUUACUUAAAGUUGAAGGUAGAUGUGGUAUAUAUUUUCUUUUUCAAUAUACAAGAUGUAGGGUUAAUGUGGUGUGUGUGAUGCACGCAUGUUUUUAAAAGAAGUAUGAUUUUUUUAUCUCAGGAAAGCAAAGUGGAUAUGGAAGUUUGUUAUUCAGAUAAUGAAUAAUUAUUAAAAGACUAACUAUAUUUUAUAUAGUUGUAAAAACAGUAUAUUUUCUCAUAAAGCUACCUGUUCUCCACUGAACCAGCAUAGAAUAGGAUUGUUAAAAGGGGAUUUUGAACUGUGAAAGGCCAAUAAUUUAGGUAAAAAUGAAUGGUCAACAGAUAAUGUAGGCUAUAGCCAUGUAUUAUUGUAUUUGUGCCUCAAUGACAAAUUAAAUCAAACUGCAUAAUGUAAUGUACUGUCCAGUACAUUAAAUUACCACAAAGCACAUUCUGA